CAAUUCUAAAAUAAAAAUCAACCGCCAAGCAAUUUUAUGACAAAAGCAGGCCAACAGUCACUAAAGAGUGUUAUCUUGUUUGAGUUCUUUUAAUUCACUGGUUAUAUUGGGCUAUUUUAUGAUACGAACAAUGGAAAUUAUGAAUUAUGGAAACUAACAUAAGAACUGUUUUUGAAACUAUUGGACAUAUAAAGAAAAGUUUACAAUGCUCUAUAUGUCUUGAUUUAUUUAUUGAACCUGUUUCAACCAGCUGCAAUCAUCAAUUUUGCAGUUUCUGUAUUAAGAAAUUUAUCGAUGAAAAAAAAGGCAAAACACAUCUCAUUUACUGUCCACUUUGUAAAAAUCCCAUCACCAAAAGGGGUUUGACUCCCAAUCCAAAAUUAAAAGAAAUAGUUCAUGUUAUACACAAGUUAAACUCUGCAUUCUGCGAGGAUGCUGGUUUACCAGAUUCACCUUAUCCGAUCAUCAAACCUGCUGUAAAUAAUUUACAUUACGAUUCAAGUCAAACUCCUAUAAAAUCUGUUAACCAUUGCAAGUCAGAAGAUGGAAAUAAGCAAAGAUGCAGUAGUGUAAUCAACACCAGCCUAAGUUCAACAAAUCAUCUAAAGGAAAACAAAACAUCUUCUCCACAAAGAAUACCUUGUAAACAAACUUUUUCAGAAAUCCUGUCUUUGUUAGAUUGUGAGGAAGAAGCUUUAAGAUCUUUAACAAAAUGCGAUGGUAAAGAAACAGAAAGCAACAAAUGUCUAUCACAGAAAAAUGACAAACAAACUACUCAACGAUGCAAUGCAACCUCUUCUCAACUGAACGUGAAUAAAUCUGGUGAUAACAGUUCUGGUUCGAUUACUGUUGAUGAAGAAAAUGUGUCACAACAUAGCACGUUAAGUGAAAAUAGUGUAUCCUUGCUGGAUAACUUGUUUCUCCAAGAAUCAACUAUUGAAUUAUCUGAUCAAGAUGUUGAUCAUAGUUCGAUUGCAAAUCAUACGAAAGGCCAAAAUUCUUUGCAAAAAGAAACUAACACGUGUUCUUAUGAGAAAAUUUCGAAGAAAGCGGAGAGUAGUUAUUCUGAGAAUAUUAAAGAGAAAAACAAUUUGUGUUUUAAUGUAGAAAAAAAUGAAUUGUCUACAACACAGAUUGAAGUCAGCAAAGGUGAGGAAAUCAAACGUGAAGAAAAUUAUCAACUUUCUGAGAAAAGAGUAUCAAAUAGUUUAGAAGCGAACGCUGAAACUAUUGAAACUGUUGAUCAAGAAAACGCAAUUAUAGAUUGUUACGAAACCGGAGUUGCUUUCAAAGUGACACCACCGUUGCUUAAUUCUGCAUCAGUAAACGCUGAUGAAUUGAAUUUAAACAAUGGACUUUCCAACGUCAGUGAGCGCAUUCCAGCUAGUGUUGAAUCUGAUACUGAAACAUACAGGGUAAUACCACUGCCUUGUCAUAACCGUUACGAUUCUCAUGAUGAGAUAAUAUCUCCGGAAUUUCCUAAAGUCAUGGGUAUUCCAUUGGAAAGUGAAAAGGGAAAUGACGAAAAUAUAAAUUCUGGAAAUUUAAAACAGAGUUUGGCUGAAUCACAUCAACUAUGUUUUGAUCAAAGUACCCAAGCCAUACCUAAUUCAAGUAAUCUUCUCCAAGUCCACCACGAGUCUUCUGCUAGUAGUUUUCAAGAACGACAGAAGAUAGGAAGCAGCCCGUCUCGUGAGAACAAUCGUUUGAAUUUUCAACAUUCAAUAAACAACAAUCAUUUCUAUGACAAUGACGUAGGCGUCAACGAAAGAGAAGAAGCAUCAAUCACGCUGUCCAAAAUUCCCAUUGUAAAAAAUUCAAGAAUUCUGAAAACAUACACAACCAUUUAA